AUUUGGAAGAUGGCGAUCGUUCUGCUUACAGAUCGCUGUCAGUUUUAAAUCGGCGAAAAUCAACGGCCUUAAUGGCUUAAUUAGAGAAACGUGUAUUUAUUGUAAAUUGUAUAUAGUUUCUUGUAUAGUUAGUGAUAAUAUUUUGUGUUGUGAGUCUCAGAUUUAUGUAUAAAUAGUGAUUGAAUAUUUGUGUUUGUGUUCCGAGAGAAAAUCUAUAACAGAGCCGACGCCGACGACCCGAAGAUUGAAUAUUGCCGAUAAUACAUUUUAUUAAUGUUAAUUAUUAACAUUUAAUAAAUAUAGUAGUAACAAAUGAAGUGGUUGGGAGACGGAAGCGGUGAUGCGUUUAUAAAAGCCGAAAUGGAUCGUAGCCCUCAGCGCACUCAGGACGAUGCAGCUGUCGGCUACGUUUUUCAAAGACCACCUGAUCCAGAAUUUCCGUCCUUUGGGCAGAAACAAGCGCGUUGGGCUCUUGGGGAUGACAGUAUAAUCGAUGUUACUAAUAACCAUGACAAGUGGAAGUACCCUGUCAGCAAUAAAAUUGCCACUCCACCAAACAGUAUGUCCUAUAUGAGUCCGAGCGGUGCCGCGAUGCCCGGCCUGUAUGAUGUCUCCCAGAACAAAUCCGGACAGCUCGAACAGUACUUCUACUAUCCCGGACACUUACCUCGAGGCGUUCCUUUACCCCCUCAGUACGUGCAGCACUCGAUGUCGCAGCAAAUGCCCAUGCAGCAGGGUCAGAUUGCUCCCGCAGCGAAGAAACUGUGGGGUUUGGAAACAAAGGACGGAAAAUCGCUCGCACUACAUCAUCUAAAUCAUCAUGACGGCGUUUGGAGGGACCCGACGUGGGCUGCACCAGGGGAUCACGCGGUGUCCUCUCCUUUGGCCAUGGGAAGACGAGGAGGAUUUGCUGGUGGAGAUACUGGAAGUAUCUUAUCGCCGCGCGGAUCCGACACCGGUGGCUUAGGUGUAAAAAUGGUCGAAUACGUUUUGGGGAGUUCGCCCACAAAUAAAGAUAAUAUAGGACUGGAACCUCGAAUAAGAGCAUUACACUUAGAUGACAAAGAUAAGGAUAAACCACAAAGUCCAAAAGAGGAAGUAAACGGCCAACCUGUACAGAAUGGACAAUUAUCGGAAGACGAAAAAGCGUUUAAUUUGUAUUUUCACAGUCGAACUCCCGGCAGUAGACAGCCUUCUCCAGCGGAAGACGAAGUUAAAAACGGACUUCCUCCUUUAGACGGUAACGUUAUGGUCAUCAAACAGGAGCAACUACCUCCACAUUUACAACUCCAACCGCACCUGGCAGCUCCUCACCUCGGAGUCACGUUAGCAGAAUCCGUAAAUCAACACUUUGAGCAUUUCACGGAGCAACCGCCACCGACGCCGUACGAUCAGCAACCUCCACAGUAUGCACCGCCACCUCCGCAGCCUCAUCAGGUGGAUAGCGCCGUUCUGCAGCAGCAACAACAUAAUUUCGAUGUACAGCAAUUAUUUCGAUCACAACAGACACAAGCAGCGACCAAUCCUAACGCCGCUCAGUUGCAACUUUUACAACAGCAACAGCAGCAGUACCUCGCACAACAGCAACAAGCGGCAUAUCCACAAGCACCGUACGUCUUAAAUCCACAGCAAGAACCGUAUCUGAUAACAGCCAGCGUACCACAAUAUUACGGUGUCGGACCGUGGGUAUAUCCAGCACCUGCCAACCUCAUACAACAAAGCGCAAGUAAUGGAGCGAGGAGGCCUCUCACUCCGAAUGGAUCCGAGGCACAGCAACAAGUACAGCAACAAGUCCCCAGUGGCUACAUCGUUCCGUAUUACGAACAAAAUCCCGCGAUACUUGUCGCACAGGGACCGGCCGCGAUGCGAAAUGGCACUCCCAUGCGACUGGUCAGUCCCGCAUCGGUGCUGGUGCAGCCACAAGCGAACAGGCAAACGCCGGCGGGCGCUUCGCUCUAUUCCAACACACCGCAAAGUUUGUACGGUGGAAGCGUAACAACUUCGGUUAACGGAGGAACGCUCGGAGGUGUAGCCCAAGGGGUGGGUUCUGGUUUAUUCCCUCCGCUGCACGCACCACCUUCUGCUCCCUUUGGCAGUUCCUCGCUUGGAAAUAUUGGCUCUCCUGCUACAACAACUUCCCUGCCUUCAGUCGAAUGUCUGACAGGUUUAGGACUGAACACUGGAACAACAGGUCGCCGCGAUUCAUUCGAUAGAAACACAUCGGCGUUUUCACCAUCCUUGGAUUACAGACCGAAAUGGCCCGCAUCGUAUGGUUUGGGUAGCAGCCCGAGUCCGUUGACGGGAAGUUUAACACCCCCUCCGACAGCGCCCUUGCAGUUGGGCGGACUUGUGAAUUCCAGAGUGCUUUCGGCCGCUCCAGGUGCUGAGGCGAAAUACAGAAGUUCGGUCGCCGCAGGUCUUACUGCAAACGCCAUGUUCGGUUCCACAAAUUCCUUAUUCACCAAAAUUAACUCCUCACUCACCACAGUCUCCGCUUCCUUAGAUAAAGGCCCGCAGGGCCGUUCGCGUCUUCUCGAGGACUUUAGAAAUAAUCGUUUUCCAAAUCUACAAUUAAGGGACUUAGCAAAUCACAUUGUCGAAUUUUCUCAAGAUCAGCACGGGUCGCGAUUUAUUCAGCAGAAAUUAGAACGAGCGUCGGCGGCCGAAAAACAGAUGGUCUUUAACGAAAUACUCGCCGCCGCCUAUAAUCUCAUGACCGACGUGUUCGGAAAUUAUGUUAUUCAAAAAUUCUUCGAGUUUGGAACGUCCGAGCAAAAGACUACGCUAGCGCAAAAGGUUCGCGGACACGUUUUACCAUUGGCGUUACAAAUGUACGGGUGCCGAGUUAUCCAGAAAGCGCUUGAAUCUAUUCCACCUGAACAGCAGCAGGAAAUUGUCAAAGAACUGGACGGUCAUGUGUUAAAAUGUGUGAAAGAUCAAAACGGAAAUCAUGUUGUACAAAAAUGCAUAGAAUGUGUGGAUCCUUCAGCGUUACAAUUUGUGAUCUCGUCAUUUGCUGGACAAGUAUAUACAUUAUCCACUCAUCCUUAUGGGUGCAGGGUGAUACAACGUAUUUUAGAACAUUGCACUCCAGAACAGACUGCCCCAAUUUUAGGAGAGCUCCAUGCACACACCGAUCAAUUAAUACAAGACCAGUUCGGCAACUACGUCAUUCAGCAUGUGCUAGAGCAUGGUAAACAAGAAGACAAAUCACAGUUGAUCAACGCGGUACGAGGGAAGGUCUUGGUCUUAAGUCAGCAUAAAUUUGCGAGUAAUGUUGUGGAGAAAUGCGUAACGCAUGCUACACGGGCAGAACGGGCGUUGCUGAUUGAGGAAGUUUGCGGAUUUAAUGACAAUGCGCUGCACGUGAUGAUGAAAGAUCAGUACGCAAACUACGUGGUGCAAAAAAUGAUUGACGUCAGCGAGCCGACACAGCGAAAAAUCCUAAUGCACAAGAUUCGACCACAUCUGAAUUCGUUAAGGAAGUACACCUACGGCAAGCACAUAAUCGCGAAACUGGAAAAGUACUUCAUGAAGGCGCCCGGAUCUAUGAGUUCGAUCGGCGGAGAGCUCGGCCCGAUCGGUCCUCCGCCGACGAACGGUGUCUUGUAAUUUAGUAGACAAAUUUAAUUUACCCGUCGCAAAUAUAAUUUUUAUUUUUGUUUUGGACCAAUCCUUUUGUCGAUUUAUUUUAGAAUCCCUGUAAAUGCAGUAUUUUUUUCAUAUUCGAAGUUUUGUAUUUUAUAAUCGGUUUCAUUUGAUUAGCGUAGAUUGUAUCGUAUUACGGAUACAAUAGUUGUAUUAUAGCUGUAUUUAUGUACGUGACUCCAUUAUGAGGGUUUGAUUUCUCAUCUCUAUACAGUUAUGUAUUACGUAAUGUAGGUUUUUUGAGUUCAUCAUUAUUGGUUUUUAAGUAUUUAUUGGCUUAGUUUGUAGUCAUAAUAAAUAUAUACUAAUCGUUUAUUAACAUGUAAUGCGUCAAGGCGUAGAAUGUAGCCUCUGCAUGUCCACCUUUUUUUACAUAUAAACACAUCCAUGUACAGUUGUUAACACAGAAUUUUAAAGAAUCUCGACUCGAUUAAAUUGAAUGUAAUUUAAGUUUUCAAGUUUCACAUACUGUAAAUAAAAGUCGUUUUUAAAUCUCCAUGAAAAUCCCCCCGAUUUAUUAAGUGUGUCCCCCACAAUCCUUCAGUAUAUUAACAAUGUGAUACAUUCCUCAGGAAAUAGUUUCUGAAACAUCAUAAAAAGUUGUAUGAAUCAAAAUUAAUAUAGUUUUCCUGUUUGCACCCACUCAACCUUUCUUUUUUGAAGGGGUUUUGUCGCGCGUUCGUUUCUUGACUUCACGGAGGGCGCUGUCGGGUGUCACUUUCAUUUAAGGACAAAGUUUGCAACAUACACCUUUUAUAAUGUAUCGAAAAGUAAAACCCCUGGAAAUAACAUUUCCAUUUACUUUGUUGCGCAUGGCCGUAUGAAAUUGUUUAAUACACACACUUUGGUAUAUGUGAUUUCGUUGUUUGUAUAUUGUCGUAUGUUAGUAAUUCUAUAAUAAUAAUCAUAACUUUCUAAUUGCAUUAAAAGAUCUCUAUCAAUGUUUAUUGUCGAUUUCACCCUUAUUCUAAUUGUACAGAUACUACAUCUACAUGCCUUUUUUUCAUUUUUAAUAUUGACUUGCUCUAUAUAUUGAGUGUUAUCGAUGUACAUUUGGUAAUUGUAUUUAUUCUUUUUUUUUUCGGGUUUAUUUGCAAAUUAAUGUGCACCUAUGUUUAAAAUUGUCGUAUAUACAAUAAUGUAAUUGUGGAUAAACCCGAAAUAUCUUGUGUCAGUCGUCUUUAGUAUGUGUACAUACCAUACCCACUUUUGUAUUAUAUGUAAUAUAGUUUCGUUCGUAAACAUUUCCAAACAGCCAAUUUUAAAUUGCUGGAUGGUAGAGUGUACACUUAUUGAAGAUAACUGUUGCAAUUCGAUAUUUGUAACUCGGUCAGGUUGUAAAUAUGAUUUUGUAUAUGUCAUUGUAUAAAAGAGUCUGGUUAUUUUUUGUUCGGUUGUUAAUUGUGUGUUCGUAUAAUGGUUACUGCAUUCAGUAUUGUAAAAACCAGUUUUAUUUUCUAACCGAGUUGCGAUGAAUCGACUGUACGAGGGCCAAUAGAACUACAUAGGCACCUGAGACUGAUGUAAAGAAACUAAACAAGCUGUAAAGUGUAAAUUCAUAUUUUUUUUUCUUGGUUAAUCAUGUUGUAAAAUGUAUAAAAUAUCUGUGUAAAAAUCCCUGUAAAAUUAAAAAUCAUUUGGAAAUACAUCAAUGUAAUUAUAUGUAAUCUAAAUUGGAAGGAUUAUCUGGUGUAAGUUGCAUAUUGUUUUAGGCGGCAGCAGUAGAAUGCCGUAGGGUAGCUGGGUGGGGAUCACUUAAGUUCGUACAACUUUAUGGCUCUCUGUGGAUUUCGGCUGUAUACUUUUUUUUUAUUUACAGAUGUGCGAUCUGUUCGUGUAGACAUAUAAUUUUCUAAGUGCAUGCUGAUUUUUGAUUAGGCGUUCCUGUUCAUGUGUAUAAGUAUUUUUAAUGACGAUAGGAUUUCUUUUGAUAUAAGUUGUCGUUCGAUAUUUAUUUUGUAAGUUGCUUAAGUUUUAUAUACACUCGCUUGCAAAAUACAGUUGAAUAAGUAGGCUGUUGCGCCAUUAUAUAAGAUAUUAGGUAGAAAAACACUUGAAUAGAAUUUUCUGUAUGUCUACAUUGACUUGCAAUAACCAAUGUAAAGACUCUUGUAUUUUAUAAUCUAUUUUGUAUUUUUUAUACAGUAUAGUAAUAAUUUAUGUUUUGAAUUGUAGACUAUUCGGUGCAAUCCAAUGUAGACAUACGGAUGUAGAACUAUCACAACAAUCAAUGUGUAGAUGACCAUUCUCUUAGUGUAGGCACCUUACAUAUUGUUCUAUAUAGCUCUAGUGUCUUGUAUAUUAUUAUAGUUGUACAAAGCGACACCACGGUGUCGGUAACAUAUUUGUAAUUUAAUUCAUUAUAAUAAAAGCCAGUAAUAGUAA